AUGCGGCGUACGGGAGGAUUCAGUGGCAAGCCUCUGGCUACGUCAGCUCAUGUCAGUGGAAGUUUGACACGUCGCCAGAUCGAGGUCGCGCCUGCAAAGCGCAGGAGUAACGUCCAGUACUCACCGCUUGAUACGUUCCGCGUUGGUCAAGCCGCCGGCCCUAGCGACUCUGCGAGCAAGGUAUCCAUCCACCCGAACAGAUCUAGGCCAAGCGGGACCGCGACGAGGAGUAUCGCUGCGAUCCAGCAGGAAUUGGCGAGCUUCAUCGUGUGGGUAUCGUCUGAGCUUGGUCAGAUCGGAGGUAUCCUCAAGCAGAGCGAGGAUGGGAUGCGGAGCAGCGGAGGAUUAUGGAGUGCCUUAUCAGAAGGGGCAAUUUUCACUGAUAACCUUAUCCCAGACCUGCCCUCUGGACGAUUAGCUUGUUGGGAGUGCAGUACAGCUUUGCCCCGCCGAUGGGCUGUUGCCCACUUUUGGUGGCCGACUAGAAGGGCGCUAUGGGUGUUAGUUGGUGUUCCGUCCGAUCGUCCGUUCAAGCAGCAAGACGGCGCGAUUGUCAUUGGUCAAUGUCUGAACGGAACGUCAUAUAUAGCUAUUUUGGUAGAUAUACUAAUACCAGUGGAGGGCCGGAGGCCAAUACCAAAUACCAUACUAUCUACCAGGAGAAUCGUCUGGCGGGAGAGCAUGGUAUUGGUAAAAUACCAAUACCAAGCUGGUAUAUCAUGGUAUACCAGGCCCGAGUGGAAAUCUCUAGACUACUCUCCAUCGUCCAAUAGAGCGCCGUAUGAUGCUAUAAAGGUGCUCAGAUUGCCAGGAGCGCUCCUCCCUAAGCCUACCCCUGCUCAUUUCGUACCGAAAGAGUUGAAACAGGUCACGUGA